AAUUUGACACUAUCGCUGUAACUGUAAGUAACAACAAAUAAAGAUAAUGCUCCGAGCAACUGCAUUUCCGGCACCGAACAAUUCGGCGGCGAUUCUCUCCGGAACUCACACGUGUCCUUAUCUUGAAACUACACGUGUCCUUUAUCCUCGCUCUUCUUUCAUUUCGCGGUUUAAUCUCCUACAGUUCCGGCAACACGUUAAAUCUCUGCGCGCCGUACGCGGUGGUGGAUUAAUCCCGGCGGCUGCGAAGAAGAAAGGUAAGGGAAAAGCAAGCAUCGUUGAAAUUGAGGAGGAUUUUGACGAGGAGGAAGACGAUGAUGUUGGUUACGAAUUCGAUGAUGAUGAUGAUGAUGAAGGUGAAGAAGAUGAGGAUGUUGAUGAUGACGAUGAGAAUGAUGAUGAGGUGAUUCCGGUUGGUGAGUUGAAGAAAUGGUUGGAGAAGAAGCCGAAGGGGUUUGGUGAAGGGAAAGUGUAUGAUACUUCAAUUGAAGAUAAGCUGUUUGAAGAAUUGCAGAAGAGUAAACAAGCUCAAGCUGUUAAUCUGAAAAAGCUUAAAGCCAAUCCUAUCAAAACUGCCUCCAAAAAUGCCUCCAAAAAUGAUGCUACAAAGAAAAUGGAUGAAAAAGUUGUUCCUGUCCGAAGCCGAGUGCGCUUGGCUAAUCUACCAAAGAAAAGAAACAUAGAUAGGGAUUUGAAAGCAGCUUUUCAAGGGAUUCCUGGCAUAUCAAAUAUAGUCCCUGCUGUUAUGGGAAACAAGAAGACAAGGGAUCCUAUCUGCAAGGGUUUUGCUUUUGUUGAUUUUAAGCAUGAAAGAGAUGCAGUUAGGUUUGUAGAAUUAUACACCGGACAAACUAUUACAUUUGGCAAAAUUCAGAAGCAGAUAAAAUGUGAGCUUGUAAAUGCACAGUCUUCCUCUUCUUCUCUGGAGUUAAGAAAUGAUCUCAGCACUGCUCUACCUCUCUUGCCCUCCUUUGAAGAAGAUUCAAAUGAAGAUUCUAAUAUGGAUGAUUCUUCCCUAGGCACCUGGGAAGAAACCGAUUUAGAUGAUUCAGAUGAGCAACGGGAAAGUGAUGUGGAGAAUGAAGAGUUUGUCACUGCUUUGAAGUUGGAUAGUGAUAACCGAGUAGAAAUGACAAAGCAGGUUGAUGGAAAGAAGAAGGCAUCUGUUAAAAUUGGACAAGAGAAUGCCCCUAAGAAAAAACCAAGUACGAAAGAGAAUGCAAAAAAGGUUGUAGAUGUUCCCGGAUCUGCGAAAAGGUUAAAGAUCAAGGAAAAGGCUGUAUUAAUUGAUGUUUUCUCCAAGUACGGAUCAAAAACUUCCCCUGCUUCAAAGGAUAGGUAGUAAGUUGUUAAUGACCAGUCUAAACCAUCACCCAACAUACAAUGGGACUUUUCAGUUAACCCUGAAAGCUAAUUUUUGAUUUAGUGUACAAUGUAGUAGUGGCUUAGUGGAGUAUUGUUGUACUAUAAAUUGAUGAUUCUAAAUAUUAUUAAUUGUUAUGAAUAUAAAAACAUUCUUUCUCAA